AUACAGCCUCAAGAAGCGCAUGAUGCCGCGAGCCAUGGCGAUCGAGAAAUCCGGGCUAGGUCGCCUAGUUUUCCGGGAGCACGUGAAACCGAUCGCGGCUUACACGGACCCGGCUUUCGAGGCGUGGCUGGACUCUCUGGUGCUGGUGAGGGGGAUGCCGCCGCGAAGCCAAGCAAAAGCCGGGGCUACCGCUGGUGGUGGUGGGGGGGUUCCGACGACCGGGGGGCACCGCCAUCCCGAGUCCAGAGGGAGGGGGUGAGAAAAGGCGACGGCCAACAAGGGCGAAAGCAAUGCUGUUAUUGCUAGCUGCAGAGCCUCGGUCUGGCGUUGGCGUUUUUUUUUGUCGUUUCAAUGACCCAUGUGCGAGAGAAGGAGUAUUUUCCAUGCGGGACGCAUUAAGCGUAAGAAGAACCGCUUUAUUCAGGGCGAAACGUUUGUCGGGGUAGUAGGUGGUGUCGUGAAGAAAAGGGCGCCUCUCUGUUGAUUCUUCCGCCGGUCGGUCGCUGUUUUUUCCUUCUGUUCCUGGUUACGAAAACCUUUGCCGGGGGGAAGUGACUCCUGUUUGAUGAAGGAAAGUCGCCAGCUGAUUGCUAUCACGCGGGGUAGACUGCUGUGCCAUUAGGUCAUCUUCGAAGGCAUCAUCUAGUCCGAUCUCCCGAGCUUUUUCCCGAACUCCUUCGUGUCUGCAUCCGAAUGAAGAGUUGUCUGAAGCGUUCCUGGACGUUGCCUUUUGCGUGCGGCUUCACACACGAACAUAUUUAUGCAUGAUGAUCGGUCAGAUCGUUUGUGUAGAUUCAUCCCCAGCAUUUAUUGUUCCGCUACACUGUGUUGUUGCUGCUGGUGGUGGCGGUGCCUGUGGUUUCAAUGCAUUCCAUUUUUCGUGCCAAGCUGUAUCAACGAGGCUGUGUUUUUGUUCUUGGGCACUUUUUUUCUUUUUGCAAGGAUUUUUUUAUUCCCCCACCAAGCCGUUGUAAAACAAGCCA